AAUUGUACAGUCAGUUCAUUGGUUGACAAAUGUUAUGACAAACGUAUAGAACAUUUGAAAACAUUUGAAAGCAUUGAUACAAAUCAUAAACUUUUCAAUACUUUUACCAAAUUUUGUAGACUUAUUGACGAAGAAGUGAUUUACAAGAAAUUAUGGCUAAAAAAUAUAGGAAAAAGACGUCGACCAACAAAGUGGUGGUUCCCGUCCAACAUGUCAUCCAAUCAAACAGUCCAGUCCUACCAAAAUGCCCGUCCAGUCAUCAAAAUGACUGCCAUAUGGAAACCAAUAUUGAAUCGACCGAUUGGGCCGACUCUAUGGAGGACUGCUUUGAAGAAGAAUUGAAAUUAAUUCAAAGUCAAAGAUUAUUAGAAAAGAUGACAAUUCAGGAAAAGACAGACUCGAGUCACACCAUUGAUGAACUUAUCUGUAAUUCUAUUCCUCCGAUUAGUAUUGAUAACUCCGGUCAAAGUCAUUCAAAGCCAAACAAAUCACUUCAUGUGAGAGAUGAACAAAGAUAUGGUGCAAGAAAUGGAUUUAAUGAUAAACUUAUUUCACAUUCAAGUAGUCGUUCAAGAGAUGAAUUUAAAUUUAGGGAUAGAGAGUGGACCAGUAGAUCAAGAGACUGGCACUUUGCACCUAAUGUUAGAGGACGUCAAUCAAACAAACGAUAUAAUAGUCCUCAAAGGCGUCCCACGAGUCCUUGUAAUGUUGGCCGUCCAUUGGAGAGACCAGUAAUAAAGUUAUUACCGCGAACUGAAUCCAUCAAUGAUAAUGGAAAUACCAAAAGAGACACUAAAAUAUUUGGUGAGGGAAAACCUGUGGACACGAGAGCGCGUGAAAUGCAAAUUGAAAAGAAAAUGCGGGAAAAUAACCGAUCGGCCGGAAAGAAAUCUUACAAUAGACGGCCUAAUAGUGAUUCAACACAUCUUAGGACCGAUUCAUCACCCGAUCGACAGAGACAUGACUCUGGAUUUAUGUCACCUAUUUCUCAAUCUUCACAUUUUGACGACAAUAUUGUCAAAUAAAAUGAACAUUAGAUUCCAACAAAUGCUAAAAAAAUAGCAAUUCUUCAAUUGAAUUGCAAGUUUCAAGUGAUUAAUGUUAAAGAUAAUGACAUUUAUUAUUAUAAUUUUAAUAUUUUUUCGGCA